AUGUCAGAAGAACCUCAUCUCCAAGCGAAUCAAACAGCUGUGGGUGGAGACAAACUUGGUCACCAUCGCACACUCAUCUCGCCCCUUGACAUCAUCCACACAGUUCCACUUCCCAGCCUGAUCGAGUGCUCGCUGUUUGGUUCGACUUCACAUCGAUCGCAUACCUUGAAGUUGACGCUGUCGAUAGAGACAGCAAGCUGGAAGCGGCUCAUAGCCUCAUACGAAUCGAUCGAAUCCCAUGGUUUAGCGAUUGAGACCACUCAACCAAAUCAAAAAGAAAAAAAAACACUUCUAUGGAAAGAACAGCGGACGCUCGUUGGGAAGGAUCGGCACUUGUGGGCAGAGCAAAAUCGUGGCAGAACAACCUGGCCCCGGGAACAAUAUAACUAA